AUGAGCCUCAAUCAAUACACAACUCGAGUACGACGGAAGCCGCAAGUAAUUUUAUUCAGCAUUUUGAAAUGGGCACUCUUCAUUAUAGUCCCCACAGCAAUCACGUUUUUUAUCGUUUGUCGGGUGGACACCCACAUGCGCAUUUACUUUCGACAAUGGCUCUCCCCACCAGCACCUGCAGUGAUUGAGCCACUGAUCCAUGACGGUACCUGCUUCAAGCAUCUCUCCAGUGAUUACCAACAAGGCCAAGGUCUGCAUCACUACAACUUUAUACCCGGCCACCGUCUCCAAGACGACACUUGUUUUGGCUUUGCUUCGACUGUCCGACCGUCUCCUCAGAUCCCCUCACACGACACCAUUUUCCACACCCGCUUUGACAAGAACCACUUUGGCCCAACCGAGCUGGCGACUGUCAAAUCAUUCUUGGCGACCCAAAACAGUACCACCACGCGACUGGUCGUGUGGGCCGACAGUACCCAAGAAUCCCUCUUGGCAUCCCCUUACUGGCAACACAUUGAAAGCAAUCCUCGGAUUGCGGUCCAAGUGGUCGCCACGGCGAAAGAAAAGCAGCAGCAGCAGCAGCAGCUGGAGCUGAUGCCAUUAUUAGCGCUUGCUCAGUACGGCGGUGUAUGGUUUGAGCCGUCCGCCUUUUUCGUACGUGAACUGACCCCGUUGUUGGAACUGGAUUGGAUUGCACAAGGCGAUUGUUUCUCGAGUGUCGAGGGCAAUCCGUUCUCACAGACUGGUAUGCUGCAUUUCCGACAAGACUCGCCGUAUCUGUGUGAAAUGCUUGCCGAGGCCAAGGCGUUGCAGAAGGAUCAGAAAAAGGUGGAGCUGCCCAUGUUGUAUUAUCGCAUCUAUCAGCGGGUGUUGCGGAAUGGGUUCAAGCCGUGGGCGAUCGUGCCAUGGUGCUAUACAGCGCCUUCGCAGUGUAAGCACUCGAACAGUUUGCAAAGCCCGUUUGCUCGUGGUGAGGAGGUGAACCGCAGGUGGCUCGACAGUGUCUUUGCCUACUAUUGGCGCGAUCCAGCACCGGACGAGCCGUCUGGAGAUAUCUAUGAAUAUCUCGAGGCAAAGUAUGACCUAUAA